GUCGCCAUCAAGCCAUCAUGUUAUUCCGAGGAACGCCAACCGUCGCCACCGCCGCCCCCUCACACACCGCCGCCGCCCUCCCCCUCCUGGUAUCUCUCAUGCUGGUGGCGUCGGCGGCAGCUCGCCUUCCCCAGGCUCUCCCUCGACCCCAGUACAUGGAGGUAGUACGUCCAGUGCUACCCAACGUGGCCCUCGAGCAGCAGGGAACACUGCAGGGGGCUCCUCUGCAGAUCUCAGAAACGGUGACAACGCCUAGGAAGCGAGCGGCCAUAGUGUUGGACAAGCUCAUGUUCGCCUUGCAGAAGGCGCUUGACGACACCCCGGCCUCCCCUUCGUCAGGAGCCCCAGCCUCCUACCCCAGGACCAGGACCUACGCAGCAGGACCCAUGGAUCUUCAACGGCGAGGUAAUGGCGACGGGCGGCUGUACUGGAGGUGCUACUUCAACGCCGUCUCCUGCUUCUAACCUCCAAGCCUCCCUUAGGUCCACUACCCCAAGAAUGUUUAUUUGAAAAUAUGAUCCAAGAUUUUUGAGCCGAACGCUGUACCCAACUUCGUUUUAAAGGAACAGUUUGUCACCACACAAUCAUGGUGCGACGAUUUGAUUAUUCAUACGUAACACUGCGUUUAUACAGGUUUAGGAACAGAUUUCGAUUAGUUUAAUAUUUGGUUUCUAUGUGAAGGAAGGAUACCAAUAAAUAUACCACGGACGCUUAAUCUAAAAGAUGUGCCAAAUGAUACAUGUUAAUGAUUUACAUAUAAUAAUAUAAAUUCUUACAACUUAAGGGGAACGUGAUACUAUUAACAAGUGAAGAAAACGGAGUGCAUGUAUUCCCAGUUGUGUCAGUUACUCAGUGUUCACCUGUCUAUGUGUUGUUUGCCACGCUCUCUAUGUACAUAUAUGCACCCAUCAAGUGUUCACAACCAGCAACAUCCUCGACGUUGUUAACCAUUCCAGAUGGCGUUUAAAUUAUUAAGGAAAUAAAUCCUUGAACGAUUCAUGCACGUUUUCUAUAACCAUUUUAGGGGAAUGCAUGAAUCCAAAUACAGAAGCUGAUUUUGUUGUGGUACGACAGCUUAGUAUAUCAGUCAUCAAUUUGUAUAGUGCAUUUUAUCAAGUUAUUUAAUUUAAUUUAAUACCAGGUCAUACACUCUUUAAUAAAAUACAGAGAGUUCAAUUGAAUAGGCCUACAUACAAGAUGAAGAUGGCAGGAAAGCAGCAUUAGGCGUUGAUCUAUUCCAGAGCCCAGAUGGUGAUUUUUUUCUGAAUCCAGGAAGUUGCCUCCAACGGCUCCAAUGAAUCUCUGCCCAGCAGGCAAGCAAUGUUCGAAUAGCUAUGAUUCAACCCUGCAUCAAGGUCAAUUGCCAUCUGAAUAGACACAUUUACACUUUUUGCAUUAAUCUCCAUCAAAUAUACAGGAAACAUACAAAAAUGAAUACCUGUAUAAAUCAAUUAAUUUGCUCAUAAUCUAAUAUUUGCAUAUUCAUCAAAGCGGCUUCCAGAGAUGUUGAAAACAUAGCCGCUAACUACAGAAAAGUAUUAACUUUAAUGCCCAGACAAUAUUUGUUCUUCAUAUUUAAACAAAACAAUUAAAUGUUUAGUCCCUCCACUUACGUGUUGCUUCCCUUAAGGCUACAGCUUUUAAUGACAGUUCUUAUUAUUACUGCUCUGACAUGUCGAUAGAUACCCGGAAAUAAAGAUUCAAUUAUUC